AUGCCGCCCAGCACCGAGGGCCUGCCUGGCGAUGCCGGCGGCCGCGACUCGCCGGAUGCCCCGCCGGUCCCGCAUCUUGGCGUGUCUCCCGGGAACCUGUUCACCACCCCGGCCGCCGGGUCGCUGUCCUCCUCCUGGCAGGAGUCUCCGGAUAUGCUGCUGGAUUUGAACUUCGCCCCGAGCGCGGGGUCGCCAUCGGGCACGGGCGCGGCUGGCAUGCCGAUUGCCGGGCCAUCGUCGACGCCGGCGCCGGCGCCGGCGGCCGACCCCAUCCCCUGGGCCGGCUACUCCUACCCGCAGGAUGUGGCCAAUCUGGACCGCGAGAGCCACGCCUCGUACUUCCCCCCGGCCGGCGGCGCCGGCCCGGAAAGCGACCCGGGGCCCCUUGGGCCCGAGUAUGCGGACCAAGCCCCGACGGCCUACUCGUCGAGUGUGCGGGCCUCCCGCCGGCAGGGCCUCGGCGCCGGCCUGGCCGGGUCCGAGUCCUAUCGCCGGGCCCCGAGCGCACAGACCCUGCAGCACCGGAUCAAGGCACCCAACCUGUCCACCAUCGACUGGACCUUCGAACUGACGCUGGAGCACCAGCGCAAGAUCGACAUCAAGAGCCGCUCCAGUAGCUUGCAGGCCACCCUGGCCAAAGGCUGGGACCAGGCCCAGGGAUGGGUCAUCGUCGGUGUCACCGCCAUCUCCUGUGCUCUGAUCGCGGCCUUCCUCGCCGUGUCGACGGACUUCCUGUCGUCCCUGCGCAUCGGCUACUGCAAGGGGGCCUGGCAUCUGGGCGAGUCGCUGUGCUGCCUGAAUCAGUGGCCCGCUCCUGGGGGGUCGUUCGAUGGGACGUCCGCCGUGGCGCCCUUCUCGCUGGAGCCACAGAUCGAGCUCCACUGCCCGGACUUCAUCACCUGGGCCCAGUGGUCCGAGUCCUGGGCCGGGGGGUACCUCAUGUACAUGCUGAUUUCCGUGUGCCUGGCCGUCUCAUCGGCCAUCAUCGUCAAGCGGGUGAGCCCCUUCUCGGCCGGGUCCGGCAUCCCGGAGGUGAAGGUCAUCCUGGGGGGCUUCGUCAUGCACGGGUUCCUGGGCGCCUCGACGGCCAUCCUCAAGACCCUGACCCUGGCCCUGGCCAUGGCUUCCGGCAUGCUGGUCGGCAAGGAGGGCCCGCUGAUCCAUAUCGCCGCGUCGCUGGGCAACAUCUGGCCGCGCUUCUUCCCCAAGUACCACGCCAGCGAGGUGAAGAAGCGCGAGCUCAUCUCGUCGGCCGUGGCGGCCGGCGUGGCCGUGGCCUUCGGCGCGCCCCUCGGCGGGGUGCUCUUCUCCUUCGAGGAGUGUUCCUACUACUUCCCGAAUUUGGUCAUGCUGCGGACGAUCUUCUGCGCGGUGGUCGGCGCUGCUGCCAUCUGGGUGAUUGAUCCCCUGCACACGGGCAAGCUCGUCAUCUUCAGCUCGGCCACCGCCACCAACGCCACGGCCGGCUGGUUGCUGGUGGAGUUCAUCCCGUUCGUCGGGCUGGGCCUCAUUACCGGCGCCCUGGGGGCUCUGUUCAUCAAGCUGCACAUUGUCAUCAUGCGUGCCCGGCGCCUGCCGAACUCCUUCACCAAGCGCUUCCCCGUGACGGAGAUUUUCCUGCUGGCACUGCUGUCGGCCGCCAUCCAGUACCACCUGGCCUACACGCGCAUUGACAUGCUCCGGCUGAUGGGGUUCCUGUUUGGCGGUUGUGACCCGAAUCAGGGCGGCUCAGACCCCCUGGGGCUAUGCAAGUGCGUUCUCAACAGCGUGGGCCCCAUCAUCGCCGGGUUGCUGGCCACGGCGGCCAUCAAGUAUUGCCUGUUUGUGCUGACGGCCGGCUCGCGCGUGCCGUCCGGCAUGUUCGUGCCGACCAUGCUCACCGGGGCCCUGAUUGGGCGCGUUGUCGGCAUCCUCAUGUCCUCCUGGGCCCAUGCCAUGCCGACCCUCUUCAUUUGGAGCUCUUGCGCAUCGGACCCCUCGACGUGCAUCUCGCCCGGGUUGUAUGCGGCGGCUGCGGCGGCCGGCUUCCUCACCGGGACGACGCGUAUUACCAUCUCGGCCGCUGUCAUCAUCUUCGAGAUUACCGGCGCCGUGAACUUCCUCCUGCCGACCAUCGUCUGUGUCAUCGUGGCCAAGUGGACUGGCGAUGCCAUCCACCGUCUGGAUUCUCCGGUCAUUGUGUCGGACUCGCACCCGAUGCUCAGUGUCAUCGACAUGUUCCGGCAGCUGGGCAUCCGCGUGGUGCUGGUCCAGCGGGAGGGGUCGCUCGUGGGCAUCAUCAGCAAGAAGGAUGUCGUGCGCCACAUGCUGGAGGUGCAGCGCGCCCCGCGACAGGCUCCAUCCUGA